CGACAGUAUAGAAGUCCGGAUCCUUCUUUACGUUUAAAUUGAAGCACAGUAUUGCGGUUAAUCCGCGGAAUUGUCCAUAAAAUUUAUUGCUCAUAGUCAUCGUUUAAUUAAAUAGUGCAGUGUUUGUAAAAUUUAAAUUGUGCAAAGUGUCUGUGGUGUCGUUAAGUGUUCAGUGCUAUUGUAAAGUGUUGGGAAUUGCUGAUGCUGAUAACUUCCAAGUUCCUGAGCAAAAUCAUCUGGCAUCGUCUGGUGGGAAAUAGCAGUUAAGUGACGUUGUUUAGCUGCAAUACACCUGAAGCAAUUUAAAUCAAAUCUCCAAGUGUAUAAGGACACCCUUCUGCAUAUUACUUCCCCACCAAGGGUACUUUCACUUGUAAUUUAAAUAUGAUUUCAUCCAUUAAGAAGAGCAUUUGUAAUUCAGGCUACUUGUUGAUUCGUUUCGGUCAUAAAUAAACCCCAGGUGUUGAAAAAAAGUACAUAUAGUGGGGGCUGCAUUACCAACCAUCCGAUCAUCAGACAUCAGUUCAUCAGGACAACUCAGAUGGAGUUGAGAUGCUCACAGUGAACUUGCACGUGAGCGUGGUGACUAAAUAAAAUUAAAACCAAAAACAAAACUCAAGUAAAUAUCAGUGCCGGUUAACCUAAAAAUUGUUAUUUAAAUAAAAUAAUUUAUUUUCAAAAAUGUUCAGUCAUUAAGAGAUCGCAAGUUAGUGAAAUUUAUUAGUGUCGAGUAUUUUUAAAACUAUUAUUUUUAAAGUGCAUUUAUUUCAAUCAGUGGAUUACAAGUGCUGUUAAUUUAUCAAUCAGACUAUUAUUGGUUAAUUAAUUAAUCAAGUGAUUGAUAAAAAAAAACAAAAGUUUUUUUAUUUAUGAUGGCGUCGACAGGUGAAAAAUUUCAUGGCUCAGAUCUAUUAACAGUAACAAAUUUGAAUGAAAUCUGGGAUGAUUUUAGCAGUGGACUUGAUGCUAUUUACAAUCAAGAAACAAUGAACAGACAUCGUUUUAUGCAGUUGUAUUCCCAUGUCUACAAUUACUGUACCAGCAUUCAAGAAGACGGUAAGAGAAAAGUUAAAUCUGAAAAUAAUGCUACCUCUGGAACUAGAUUGUACGAAAAACUGCGUAAUUAUUUGAUAAAUUAUGUUACUAGUAAACUAAAACACGGUCAGAAUUUAAUGGGAGAGGAUAUUUUAUUUUUUUACACCCGCCAAUGGGAAGAGUAUAGAUUUAGCAGCCAAGUAUUCAAUGGAAUAUGCGCGUACUUGAAUCGCCACUGGGUUCGCAGAGAGUGCGAGGAAGGAAAAAAAUAUACUUACACAAUUUUCCAUCUCUGUCUCAUCACCUGGCGGAAUAUUUUAUUCCGGCACCUCAGUGACCCGAUAAUGAAUGCCAUGCUCGCGUUGAUUGAGCGCGAGCGCAAUGGAGAGAUGAUCAACACGCGGUUGAUAACUGUGGUAGUAAACAGUUACGUGGAUAUGGGCAUCUAUGAAGAUAGUCCUGGCGCUCAGGAGGUAACCCUGGAAGUCUACAAGAAUUCGUUUGAAAAAAAAUUUCUCCAAGACACUGAACGUUACUACACCCAAGAGAGUGCCGAUUUUUUGAGGCAGAAUCCUGUUACUGAGUAUACGAAGAAAGUUGAGCAGAGGCUAGCUGAAGAAAAGAAGAGGGUCCUGCUGUAUUUGCACAAGUCGACUGAAGAAAUAUUGACGAAAACCUGCGAGCGGGUGCUGAUUGAAAAGCACUUGGAUAUUUUGGUGAACGAGUUUAAAAAUUUGCUCGAACGUGAGAAGGAUGAAGAUCUUGGCAGGAUGUAUUCCUUGAUAGCCAGAGUUCCUCAUGGUCUUGAUGACCUGCGCGACGCACUAGAGAGUCAUGUUUGCCGUGUGGGAGUAGAGGCUAUUGCUAAAUGCAGUGACACUGCACUCACUGAUCCGAAGAUUUACAUCCACACGAUAUUGGAUGUCCACCAAAAAUAUUCUCCGCUUAUUUCAAAGAGAUUUGACGGCGACAUUGGAUUCGUUGCUGCGCUUGAUAAAGCUUGCGGUAAAUUUAUUAAUGAUAAUGCAGUAACACAGGCGGCGAAAAGCAGCAGCAAAUCACCGGAAUUGCUGGCUAAAUAUUGCGAUGCUUUGCUGAAAAAGACCAGCAAAAAUGUUGACGAGGCUGACAUGGAGGAUGCGUUGGUUCGAGUUGUCACUGUGUUUAAUUAUAUCGAAGACAAAGACGUUUUCCAGAAGUUUUACUCGAGAUUGUUGGCCAAGCGGUUGGUCAAUCAGAUGUCAGCGAGUGAUGAUGCGGAGGCUUCCAUGAUAUCUAAGAUGAAAGCAGCUUCCGGUUAUGAAUACACUUCGAAAUUGCAGAGAAUGUUUCUGGAUAUUGAAGUGUCUAAAGAUUUGAAUGAAUCGUUUAAGAAACAUCUUGCUAAGUCUUGUAAUGAAAAAUUGGAUAUUGAUUUUAGUAUUUAUGUUUUGUCAUCUGGUUCUUGGCCGUUCCAACAGUCGUCUACUUUUACAUUACCUAGUGAGUUUGAACGAGCGGUAAACAGAUUCACGGGUUUCUAUACUUCUCAACACACUGGGAGAAAACUCAAUUGGCUGUACAAUUUAUCCAAGGGAGAGAUUCAGACGAAUUGUUUCAAAAAUCGUUAUACUUUUCAAGCUUCUACGUUUCAAAUGGCGGUACUUUUGCAAUUCAAUACCGCGACAUCAUUUACUAUCCAACAAUUAAACGAUGCAACCCAAAUAAAAAUGGAUUUGCUGUUCCAAAUUAUUGGAAUAUUAUUAAAAGUUAAAUUACUGAUUGCUCCUGGUGGCGAAAGCGAGGCUGAGCUUGAAGAAUCGACGAGGGUUGAACUUUUCACUGGCUACAAAAACAAAAAAUUGCGAGUUAAUAUCAACGUGCCCAUGAAAGCAGAAGUUAAGACUGAACAGGAAACGACACACAAACACAUUGAAGAAGAUCGUAAGAUACUUAUCCAGGCAUCGAUUGUACGGAUCAUGAAGAUGCGUAAAACAUUCCAGCACCAGCAACUUAUUGGAGAAGUGUUGAUUCAGUUGAAUUCGCGUUUCAAGGCUCGAGUACCGAUGAUCAAGAAGUGUAUUGAUAUUUUGAUUGAAAAAGGAUAUUUGGAACGCGCUGAUGGAAAAAGGGACACAUAUAAUUAUCUAGCGUAGUUUAUUUAAUAAAACAGUAACUUUUCUAUGCAGAAAAAAAUAUUUUCUGGUGCAAAAAAUAUUUUGCGUUAGGAAUUGAAGAUAAAAAAUUUCCAAGGACUAGAAAAAAUUUUUUCUCGCCCCAAGAAAAUAUUUUUGGGGGAGUGAGCAUUUUUUGUGCAGGGAAAUCUUUUUUUCUGUGUAAGACAUCACCAUUAUUAUUAAAAAAGUAUAUAAAUAUAUAAAAAAAAAUAUUUUGCUAUUUAUAGAUAUUUUUUUAACAUUAAUAAUUAAUAAAGUGUUUGAAAAAACAGUGAUACUAAUUAAUAAUGAUAAUAAAUGUUAAGUAUUUUGUAACUUGCUUUGUAAUUUAAUUAUUUUUUUAUAUUUAAAUAAUUCAAUACCUAAUUUUUUUUUUAGUAAACAAAUAGUCGUCAGUAUUUAUAACAUCAUUAAUUAUCAUUAUUUUUUUUUUUAUUACAAGUAAAAUAAAAUCAUAGUAUCUGUUCAAAGUAAAU